UGGACAUCGACAAUAUAUACGCAUGUAUUCACGCAUCGGGCUUUAUCUGUGCUAUUAAUUACAUGAUAACGCUCUUCGUGCGUGGCAUGUGUGCAACAUGGCGGGCGAUGGACAACAAGACUUCAACCGGAGCGCGUUGACGCUCGAUCGCGGACGGGCCUGGUACACCGGUCAAAGAGCGGAGAAGAUCCCUGGUGGACUGGUUAGAGUCGUGGGUCACAAUUGCCUCGGCCUGGAUCUCUCCUAUAACGAAUUGACUACCGUUUCUGCCGUAAAGGAUUUCGAGCAAUUACAAGAACUGAUUUUGGACAAUAACCAACUUGGCGAUCUCAAGACGCUGCCGCACAUGCCGACUUUGACCACUCUGAGCUUGAACAACAACAAGAUAUCAAACAUUGACGGAGCCCUCGACAAAAUACGUGAUUGCUGUCCCAACGUGGAAUACGUGAGUCUCUUGGGCAACCCAGGCUGUCCUGAUCAGCUGACCAAUCCGACGUCCACCGAUGAGGACGAUUACGAGCGUUACAGGCUCUACGCGAUUCAUGUUUUACCUCCGAGUCUGCGUUUCCUGGACUCCCGGCGGGUCACUCAACAGGAAAGACUGAACGCCGAGACUCGCGGCAAGUAUUCCAGGACGGUGAAGUUGGUGCCAGAGCUGGUUCGCAAGCAACCCAGUUCGACGAUAACCAAUGAGUUCGAUGAUUUGUUCUUCAACAUCCAUUACACGCCCUUGCCAAACGUAGUACGCAAGCCACAAGAUCACAAAGGUGCAUACGGCAAGUGCAAGUACCGCUACUCCGGCAAAAAUUCCGAGGGCAACCGAUUCAUCUCGAAUAGCGAUCUCUAAACGAGAAUUGCCUGCAUACUCUUAAACGUGGCCUUAAAAUAACAAAGCAUACACAAAGCGAUUGUCUAGUCAGGUAUAACUGAUAAUUACCAAUCAGUUUUGCGAAGCGAAGUAUCUCUUCCUCAGAUAUUAUCAAACAUUGUUGAAAUUUGUCAUAAAUAACUUGCGAAUAGUAUUAUCGAUAUGUAUCUGAGUAUUUCUUUCUAAGAAUCAUGUCAUAAUAAUUAUUACAUCACUAUUGAAUUCUCAACGCUUGGUUUGAGACGGAUUGUCGAACCUCCAAACUCCUUGUAAUAAUUUUAUGUACACGUCGAAUGUAAACUAUAACUUUAUACAGUUUCUAAUAAUAUUUUCUGCAAUAUA